AUGAAACAUCCACUGUUUAUUAAGAAGCAGGUAAAACAAGAGAUUCAGCUUGGAUCUGCAGCCGUAUUCUGGAUGAGUUUUCCUACAGUGGCUGUCUUUUAUUUGGAGAUUAAAGGGCACAGCAAACUUCAUGACAUGUAUCAAGGCUCUCUAGGCUUGUCUGGUGUCUUACUGAGCAUUGUCGGGUUUUUGCUCUUUACUGAUACGUGCAUUUAUUGGAUCCACCGUUGUAUGCAUCAUAAGGCCAUUUACAAGUAUUUACAUAAACAGCACCAUAAAUUUAAGAUUCCGACACCUUUUGCUAGCCAUGCUUUCCACCCGGUAGAUGGCUUCCUGCAAAGUUUGCCCUAUCACCUUUAUCCAUUCAUCUUUCCACUCAGCAAGAUGGUCUAUCUGUCACUCUUUGUUUUUGUCAACAUCUGGACAAUUUCUAUACACGAUGGAGACUACCGCAUUCCUGGAAUACUCAUCCACAUAGUUAAUGGAGCAGCUCAUCACGUGGACCAUCAUUUGUAUUUCAACUAUAACUAUGGACAAUACUUCACACUGUGGGACCGUUUAGGAGGCUCCUACCAUUACCCUUCAGCCUUGAUGGGAAAGGGGCCACAUGAUGACAUCCAAAAGCUUGAAUGA